UUGAAAUCGCUAGGAGUGGUCUUUGACUGUAUAAAAUGUGGGAGCCGUUCAAGAAUAAAUUAUAAAUUGGAUGUCUCUGAAUUUCAUUGAGCGCAGAUUACUAUUGAUAUUCCAUUUACGGUGUUAAACGUCACCAAUUAGCGGCACGACACUCGGCAAGCAGACGAAAGACAAAGCUCCCGUUACGGGCGUUAUCCGUAUGAAAGCACACAAGUUGCUGUUAUGUUGAGGGCCACUAUGUACAGUAUUCAGGCAAAGAUUGUCUUGUCAAGAGCCCGAGAGCUCAGUGCAACGCGCCCCGCGGUACAGGACGGACGCCCCACGCCGCGUCGACGCCGCCCACGCUCCUCUGACGUAUCCGAUACUCGAACAAAAAGUUUCCAAACUCAAAUACUUUUUUCCGAAUGAACAACUCUGAUAUGAUACGUUGAUGUUUGACUUUGAGGACAAAAUAUAGUGAACGUUAAUGGAUAUUAGAUAGUUUCGGAUACGGUUUUGAAAGAUUUUUGAUGAAAUGUGAAUGUCUAAAAUAAAUAUUUAGCUUUCUACGUCAACUGUGCAAGUGGUCUGAGUCGGCUGUGCGCUUACAGCUCGAUGCGCGUCCGGAAAGGGGGGAGGGAGCAUGCUGCUGCACCUCUUGGUACUUAGCACCGCCCUCGCGGCAGCUACCACCGGGAAGCACGGAGGAGUAGAAGUGCCAGAAUUUGGAGAGCCGAUCACAAACCUAACGAUACCAAUAGGGCGCGACGCUACUUUCAAAUGUAUUGUCGUCAACCUUGGCAACUAUAGAGUCGGCUGGGUGAAAGCAGACACGAAAGCCAUCCAAGCCAUUCACGAGCACGUGAUCACACACAAUCCCCGCGUGUCCGUGUCGCACGCGGACCACUCGACGUGGUAUCUGCACAUCAAGAGCGUGCAAGAGGAAGAUCGGGGCCAAUACAUGUGUCAGAUCAACACGGAUCCUAUGAAAAGUCAAAUGGGCUUCCUAGAGGUGGUGAUACCGCCAGACUUCGUGCCAGAGGAGACGUCUGGUGACACGAUGGUGCCGGAAGGUGGCACUGCCCGGGUGGCGUGCAAGGCUCGCGGGGUGCCGCUGCCGCGGGUGAUGUGGAAACGCGAGGAUGGCCAGGAAAUCGUAGUGCGAGACCAUACGGGGUCUAAGACUAAAGUACUCACAUACAACGGCGAGGUACUCAAGCUAACGAAGAUAUCCCGUUCGGAAAUGGGGACAUACUUGUGCAUCGCGGGCAAUGGCGUCCCACCUACGGUCAGCAAGAGAAUUCACAUCAGCGUACACUUUCACCCAGUGAUUCAAGUGCCGAACCAGUUGGUAGGCGCUCCGCUCGGCACUGACGUCACGCUUGAGUGCUACGUGGAGUCGUCACCCAAAUCCAUCAACUACUGGGUUAAAGACCCUGGUGAGUUGAUAAUACCCUCGGAACACCAUGAGAUGGCGGUGAGGCAGAAAUCCAUGUUUGAGGCGGAGAUGACGAUGACCAUCAAGAAUAUCCGACGCGACGACCUGGGUAGUUACAUCUGCGUUGCCAAGAACUCGCUCGGCGAUGUGGAAAGCAAGAUUAGAUUAUAUGAAAUACCUGGAAACGACAGACACGUGUACCAGUACCCGGACGAGCGGAUUGUGCCCGACGACGACUACGGAACAGAAGUCUACGAGGACGACGAACACGACGAGAAGAGCAACCGGGUGCCCGACCGGGCCAACAAAUGGUACGCAAACGACGGGAAGGUCGUUACGGCGGCUAACGACGCGGCCAAACCCGCUUUCACGAUAGCGGUCUUCCUAACUGUACUCGAAACACUAGUGCUGUAAUUAUGCGUUGCGUAUCUGUGUUAUUUUUAGGCCUAGAAGGGUCGCGAAUUUGAUCACUUAUCGACGUCGAUAAGACAUUAUAGUUAACGUAUGU